UUAGAUUUUACGUUACUACGUAGAAAAGAGUAGUCUUCCAUCUAUAACAACACGAAGGAGAGAAAAGAACAAGAUUUUGACAGUUGACAGAUGUUUCUGUUAAAAGAUAAAUACAUAUUUCGUUUUUAAAUCAAGCCUAUCAAAAUUCUUCAAAUUAUCGGUUAGAAAAGAUUUUAAAUAAAAUUGAUUUUUUUUCGACAUUAACAAUUUAGCGAUGUAAAACAAAUCCGUAAGCCGGUAAGAAGCAUUGGCAAUGCUUUUACCGCUGUUACGUUUCAGAAUCUUCGUUGAUCCAGCUAUGUGUUACUGUUAAAGUUAGCUCGAAGGUUCAUUACUAUUCAACAAUGGCAUCGGCUACCGAACAGCAGCAGCAGCAACAACAGCAGACCACCCUGGAGUUUUAUCAGGCGAUGGCUGAUUUUAAAAAUAUGUUUCCACAAAUGGACGAUGAUGUAAUCGAAGCUGUGCUAAGAUCCAAUCAAGGUGCCGUAGAUACAACAAUUGACCAAUUGUUAUCUAUGAGUACAGACAACGAGAAUGAAAAAAUAAGAAGCGAAUUAGAACAAAGUGAAGAAUUUCCUAACAUUACCAAAUCUUCCAAAUCGGAUUCUAAUAAAUCAUUAAAACAUCUUCAUAAAUGGCAACCUCCAUUAUUAGGACCAUUACCGGAUACAUUUCUUAGACUUCCUCAGCAAUUAUCGAAGGAUACCUUAGACGGGGUAUAUUCUCAAGAAAAUUCAAUGUUGGAGGACGAAAGAAUUGCCAUGUUUCUCCAAGAUGAAGAAUUUAUGGCGCAGCUACGUUGGAACGAAGACUUUCUUUCUACUUUAGAAAAUGAUUCAAAGUUACAAGGUACUAGUUUGGAGAAGUGUAAUAAUCAAAGCGGCCAUGAUGAUGAGGAUUUGUUUAAAGAAAGAUUAAGAAAUAUGGGUAAAGUAUCGCGUCGUAAGUUCGCCCAACUUACAAAAGUAUUCACACGUAGCAAGAAACGAGGAGGACGACAAUUAUUACCUCCGACAGCAUCGUGUGAUGAUCUUCUAGAUCCGGAAGAAUCGUCUAGACCGCAAUCUUAAAAGUCAUAUAACUUAAAAACAUAAUACUUCUUGAGAAAAAACAAAAUUAUUUCAUUAUAGCUUGCUAGUUGCCACCCAAAAGACAAGCGUAUACAUAACUAACAUUUGAGAUAUAUAAAUACAUAUAUCUUUCAAUAAAUAAUAUUAAACUACAGUUAUAUUUGCAGGUGAUCUGUAUAGUAUAACUUAUGCAAUAGGUUUAGUUUUAAUUUACGAGAAAAUAAUAGAUAUACGAUGAUCAAUUCUCGCGUAGGAUAAUUAAAUUUAAAUGUGAAAUAUAUCACACUCGCGAAGAUCAUAGAAUAACGCUAAUUAAAAGAAGAUUACAUAGUAGUAUCGUAAAGUAAUGAAUUAAUUUUAAAUUUAUCCAGUUGAAUACGCAUAAUACUAACAAUAGUUAUUAAAAUAGUACACUAUGGUACACACAUUGAUGAUAACAAUAAUGAUAGAUGAAUUACGUAAACGAGGAGAUUUGUAGCGUUACGAUAAUGAAAAUUUUUAAAACAAAAUUAUUAAAUUUAAGAUCCUAUUUUUAGUUUUGGUAAACAUUGUACCAUAUUAUUUAUAAUAAUGGAUAUAAAUAAUAUUUCAAAAAGAAGACUUAAUAUUAGAAAAAUGAUCUGAUUGAUUUAAAAAGUAAAUCAAUUUUUGAAACCUAGAUUGUUUUAUAUGAAAUAAGAAUCUUCUGUUUAUACAAGUUUAUACAAGUUUUAUUUAUAUGAAAAUUAGUAGAAAGGUUACAAUAUUGAAAAUACUUUCUCUAAUUAUUUUAACUUGUAUUUAUUAUAUUUUUUAUUGUGGCUUUUAAUGUCUCUUCAAAAUACGGACAUUAUGAACAAUAUCACUCGAUAUACAAGAUAGAACGUCAGAUAUUAUUGAUACCAUAUAUUGAAAAUGAUCAUUUUAUAUCCAUUUAAUCGCGCGUUACAUUGAAAUAGUCAUACGUUAAUACUAUUUUUUGGGAAACAAAAGGAAAAUAUGAUGAAUUGGUUGUGACUCGUAGUCAUAAUUCUUGUUUACGUUAUAUUAUUACAAGAAUGAUAAAAAGCUAGUUAGGAAUCUCCAAAUGUAAUAUAGUCUAGUCAUACAAUCUAGCCACCAUCUACAUAAUGACUAUUACGGAGUGAUACUGAUAAAUGUAGUAUGUUUAUAUAAGCUAAUAUACAUUACAAAUUAAAAGAUAUCUUGGCAUCUGUUAGAAAAAACACAAAAAUAAAUUGAAUGUGAUGCUGAUUUGAUGAAUAUUAAUUUAAAAAAACAAACAAGCAAGCUAAGCCUUUGAUUGUAUGUGAUAAAGAAAUGAAAAAAGGGAAAAAAAAAGAAUGAAAGAAGAAUUAUAUAAUGUAUGGUAUGUACACAUUACUUGUGUAGAUAAAUGAUAGUGAUGCAAUGCC